AUGGCAGAAGCGGAAAGGCACAAGAAGCAACAGCAAGUGAGUAGAGGACCUAUAGUUUCCAGGGGCAAUGUUACUCCAAGAAGAGCCCCGUACGCUCGUCAAAUUCAGCCAUCUAACACGAGCGGUUCUCAAGCUUUAGUUCCUUCUGGACGAGCUGGACAGUAUGGGAAUGUUACGUGUUUCCAGUGUGGAGGACCACACUACCGUUCGUCCUGUCCUCAACUGGUGGGAGUGAAGCACUGUAAUCGUUGUGGGCGAAACGGACACUUGGAAAAUGAGUGUAACAUGGGUGGACGGGCAGUGAUGAGGCCACCAAACGCUGGCAGGAAUCAGCCUAGAGGAGGACGAGCCCAAGCAGCUGGACGCGUGUAUGCUAUUACUGGUGCAGAGGCAGCUAGUUCAGGUACACUCAUCAUCAGUACAUGUUUAGUAUAUGGUAGAUCUUGUUGCGUGCUGUUUGAUUCGGGAGCAACACAUUCCUUCAUCUCGAAGGCGUGCGUUGGCAAACUGGGAUUAGAGUUGAGUGAAAUGCAGUUUGAUCUGGUGGUGUCAACCCCAGUGGCUGGAGAGAUCAGGACGUCCACUAUGUGCGUCCGGUGUCCUAUAGAAGUGGAAGGCCGUAAGUACAAAGUCAAUCUCAUCUGCUUACCUCUUCAAGGUUUGGAGGUGAUUUUGGGAAUGGAUUGGUUGGCUACCAAUCAUAUCCUCAUAGAUUGUGGUAAGAAGGAAUUGGUGUUUUCGGAUGAUGAAGAAGAGGAGUUAACAGUAACGCUUGGUCAGUUAAAGGAGGAUAUAAUGGGAGGUGCGAGCUGCUUCUUAAUCAUGACGCAUGAAGACCAAGAUCUUGGAAGAUUAAGGCACGAACGAACGUCCGUUAUUGGCAGUAAAGAGCGAACGUCCAUUGUGGAGGAGUUUUCGGACGUUUUUCCAGAUGAAAUACCAGGGUUGCCUCCUGCUCGGGAAGUUGAAUUCACCAUUGAUUUGGUGACAACGGCAACCCCUAUAUCUGUUCAACCAUACCGUAUGGCGCCUGCAGAGUUGGUUGAACUCAAGAAGCAGAUUGAAGAACUCAUGGAUAAACAAUUCAUCAGGCCGAGCGUAUCACCAUGGGGAGCGCCUGUACUCUUGGUGAAGAAGAAGGAUGGCAGCUCUCGUUUGUGCAUAGAUUACAGACAAUUGAAUAAGUUGACCAUCAAAAACAAGUACCCCUUGCCAAGAAUAGACGACCUGCUGGAUCAAUUGCAUGGGGCCACCGUGUUCUCAAAAAUUGACUUGCGGUCUGGAUAUCAUCAUAUUAGAGUGAAGGAGGAUGACAUCCAGAAGACUGCUUUUAGGUCUCGUUAUGGACACUACGAAUACGUAGUGAUGCCGUUCGGUGUGACGAACGCACCAGCCAUUUUUAUGGAUUACAUGAAUCGGAUAUUCAGACCUUAUCUAGACAAGUUUGUGGUCGUUUUCAUAGAUGAUAUUCUCAUCUACUCCAAGACCAAUGCCGAGCAUGAAGAACACUUGAGAGCAGUACUAACCGUGUUGAGGGAGAAAGAGUUGUAUGCAAAGCUGUCCAA